AAUAAUACAAAAACUUAUACUAUUAUACUCCAACCUGACUGUCCCAAUCACCAUACAGUAGUAGGUCACGACAGUUUUGCCUGUGUCUGUACCGAACAGCAACCGUGCGCACCGGUCGAGUCACCCAAACGGACGGCCGCCGGUAUUGUAACCAAAUGGGAAUCGGGCAGAGAUGGAGCCCGACUACGCAAACAGACACUACAUUUUGAUAAAUUGGAUAUCCAUGAGCUGGAAACAUGUGCUGGUAGUGAUAAUCAGCUACACUUUCGUGUGAACCGGGAUGUCCGGUAUCAGGAAAUUUUCGGGUUUGGCGGCGCUUUUACCGAUGCGUCGGGUAUUAAUUUGGAAAAAAUUGGCCCGAAAUUGUCGGAUCAGAUAUUACGUGAUUAUUUCAGUUCGGAUGGUCUCGAGUAUAAUGUCGGUCGCAUACCGAUUGGUGGAUCCGAUUUUAGCGCCCGGGGAUACAGUUUGGACGACACUCCUGAGGAUAAAACACUCAAACAUUUUAAUCUAACCCAUGAAGACAUUGACUAUAAGAUACCAUACAUUCAAAAAGCCAAACAACUGGCCACACAUGAGAUCCGAUUGUUUGGCAGUCCCUGGUCGGCACCGGCAUGGAUGAAAACCAACAAUAACCUGGUAAAUGGUGGCAGUCUUAAGGGACCGGUUGGUAGCGAGUAUUGGCAAAUAUGGGCCAAAUAUUUUAUAAAAUAUUUAAAUGCAUAUAAAGCACAUAACAUUAGCCAUUGGGGUAUAACUGUGCAAAACGAGCCGUACGCCAAUACCCGAUGGAACUCUAUGCUGUGGACACCCGAAUCGAUGCGUGAUUUUUUGAUCAAAAAUCUGGGCCCUGAGCUCGAACGCAACGGUUACGGACCGGAUAAGCUCAAAGUAAUGAUAUGGGAUCAUAAUUUCGAUAAAGUAGAGGAAUGGGUUCAUACAAUAUUUGCCGAUAAAACGGCCUCCAAGUAUGCGGCCGGUACUGCCAUACACUGGUACUCACAUUUACCGCAAACAAUGCUGGAUAAACCCUAUGUGGAACAUCCGGAUAAGUUUAUUCUGGCUACAGAAGCUUGUAUUGAUAAUGGCAUCAAAAUGGGUUCGUGGAAUAAUGCGGAACAGUAUGCCCAGGAUAUACUACAGGAUUUAAUUCAUCAUACAAUUGGAUGGGUUGACUGGAAUCUAGUGCUGGACACCCAGGGUGGACCUAAUUGGGUACAAAAUUUUGUCGAUGCACCCAUAAUAGUCGACUACGGCAAACAACCGCAUGUCUACUACCGUCAACCGCAGUACUAUGCUCUGGCACAUUUUAGCAAAUUUCUACCGCCCGGUUCAGUUAGAGUAGACACCAAUAUUGUUGACCAACGAAAUACCAGUGCAAUGGUCGGUGCUUUUCGUACACCAAACAAGUCGACAGUUGUUAUUGUGGUGAACAACGACAACAAUGAUGUUGAGCUGACCAUCGAGGACACCAAAACUGGACGAUUGGCCACUAAAGUUGCGGCUAAAACUAUACAAACAUAUGUCUACUAUGAUUAG